AUGGGUAUUCGAUCUGGAGAGGUUCGAGGACCCUCUCGAGCCCAAGAAGCUAUGGAGCCAGCACUUGCGGUCGCCUACUCCGGUGCCAGCACCGAUACAGAGCUGCCGAGAAGCCCGCAAUCUCGGUCUGUACAAAAGACCUUCUCCGAGCUUGAGAUCCUGCCGGAGGGCGGCGAGAGCCGCUACGUCUGGCUGAACCUGGAGAUCGACAUGAUCGAUGUGGGAUACCAAGACUUUCUCGGCAAGUUCUGGCCUGCUGCGGCGUCGAUACAGAGGCUUAAACUUAGAUACGAAUUGUGGGACUGGGCUUAUGAGGACGUGGCUGCUAGGGCAUCGCUUGGAGCCUGUAAGAACUUGAAGGAGGUCCACAUACUUUGCGAAGACGGCUUUUUCCCUUGGGCAUAUAAAAAAUGCUGGAGUGAGUAUGACUGGCCCUGUGGCAAAGAAAACGUGCUGUUUUCUGAGCCGGGCGAUGAUCGGCUGAUAACCGGCAGUGAGCUGGAAGAGGGAAACUGGGUGGACACGUCUAUGGGAAGGACUAUCGGGGAGACGAGGUGUGGCAGCAAAGGGACUCUUCCCCAUUCGGCGGCUAGGUGA